AGGCAGGCCUACGGAACUUGGCGUCGAUGGUUGAAAAAAAAAGAGGAAGAAAGUUUCGAGCCGCUGAGGAGGAGGGCCGGUGGCUAAAAAGGAGGCUCGCCCCCGAGUGACGAGAGGAAAAGGGAGGAAAAUCCAACCGGCCAUCCUCCAGCACCGUCUACCACACCGCAGACAGAAAGAAAGGCCCUGACCUGUCCCGAGAAUGGUGUCCGCGUCUUCGAUCGCGGCCACGUUGGCAGUGGCUCUGUCGCUGGCUCCCUUGGCCUCCGGACACCCGGGCGAGAAGAUCGGGAAGCGCGAGGCCCUCGAGCAGAUGGGCAACGCUCACGUCGUCGCCUCGAUGAACGCGAGAGCCCUGGAAGCGUGCCAGAACUCGCCCGCGGUGAGGGCCCGCAAGGAGCGUGCUAUGGCUCGACGAGCGGAAACCUUCGCCCGGCUCCGGAAGCAGAGGGGCGCCGAGAACGCCCCGUGGCUGCACCGCCGGGACGCGGCGGCGCUGCAGAAGUGGGCGGCGCAGUCGCACAACAAGACGGGCCUGGUGGACUUCACCAAGGACACGCCGAGCCGGGAGAUUUUCGGGUCCAACACGAGCUGCGUGCUGACGCCCGACAACGCCAACGGGCCGUACUUCGUGCUGCAGGAGCCGAUCCGCAGCGACGUGGUCGAGGGCGUGCCCGGGGUGCCGCUGCACAUCGAGCUGCAGUUCGUCGACGUGCAGACGUGCGCGCCGGCGGCGGGCGUGCUGAUCGACACGUGGUCGUGCAACGCGACGGGCCAGUACAGCGGCGUCAGCGCGCGGGGCCAGGGCGGGCUCGCGACGACGUACCUGCGCGGCGUGCAGGCGGCCGACGGCGACGGCGUCGUCGCCUUCGACACCAUCUUCCCGGGCCACUACCAGGGCCGCGCGACGCACCAGCACCUCAUCGCGCACGUCGGCGCCGCGACCCUGCCCAACGGCACGUACGCCGGCGGCGCCGUCGCCCACCUCUCGCAGCUCUUCUUCGACCAGGCCCUGCGCGACGCCGUCGAGGCCACCGCGCCCUACAGCGCCAACCCCAUCCCCCGCACCUCCAACCUCGAGGACUGGUUCACCGGCUACGCCGCCACCGACGCCUACGACCCCUUCCCCAACUACAUCAUGCUCGGCGCCACCUUCGCCGACGGCAUCUUCGCCUGGGCCGAGCUCGGCCUCAACACCUCCGCCAACUGGGACUACUACGCCCCCCACGCCGCGACCUGGAAGGAGGGCGGCGGCUACGACAACCCCAACUUCGACUUCUGGGCCGUGGCCUCGCCGCCGCCGACACACGGCUAAGGCUAACGGGAGAGCGAGG